AUGGAAAGGUCUGAGCAAUUUGAAGUGAUCAAAUCCUUCAGAGAUAAGAAUUACGUGCCUCCAAAAGAGGAAUUCCUAAACCUACAGGCUAAAGACAUUGAGUUCACUCUUAUCAAGGACGAAAAGAUGAAUGAUAUCACAUACUAUUGGUUCCAAAUCAGGAUCGUCCCUUUCGAUGAGUAUUACAAAAUAUCCAAGAGGCAUAGCGAAUUUGAGAGUUUGCAUGAGGCGCUAUGUAUGAUCUUUGCCCAACUCGUUUUUGUGAAUCCACCCAGUAAACUAAGACUUCUGCAUAAAAUAAAGAGGAGGAAAGCUUUUUACAUUGACCUUCUGUCCCAAAUCAAGAAUUAUAUGGUGACUUAUCCAGACUACAGAGUGCUCUUCCUCAAGAAGAUAUACCAAUUCUUCAUUGUAGACUCAAAAUUGAUGGAGGAAAAGGAAAUCAAAAGAGACAUUGAUGUUCAAAAUGAUACUACGCUUCAGAGAGAACGUGCAGCCACAAUCGAGUCUGUUGAGGAGUUCACAGAGGACCUUGGCGCUACAGUUUAUAGUAAGUCUAAAGAUGAUACUUACGAUCGGUCUGUUGUCUACAACACACUUGCCUCAGAAGGAUAUAAGGAUUUUAUUGAAGGAACUGUGCCUGAAUAUGUAGAUAAAGAUCAGAGUAAAAGAAGACAUUCCGAGUGUGCCUCAACAUCAGUCCUUGCUGCCGGUCCAAAGGUCAGACCUGUCCAGUUCAACAAACUCAUUGGAACACUUGGAUACGUUUAUUGUAAAGAAUCUAGAGGAAAAAGAUGGCUGAAAUAUUAUGGAAGAAUUACUGAAUCUAAUCUUUCUCUCUGAGAUACAUUAAUUUCUCAGUCCUUCAAGAUCUCACUAUGCUUGUAUCAAGCAGAUUUUGAAGAAGAUGAGGAGGAAGUCAGGCUUCCAGGAACAAAGUACAUUCAGAAACAUAAGGUCCUCAGAAUUUCUCAUCAGUACGAAUAUGAAUUCAUCAGUCUUAUCUUCCAAGAAGAUGCUUCAUUUAGCAAUAUCAUGGGAUUCUUGAGAGAAAAGGCACAAGAAGUGAACAGAGUAACUAUGAUGAAUAUAAACUGCACAAACAGAUAUCCCUUCGGAAAGUUAUUUAUUGAGGUCAAAGGAAUCGAAGAUCUCUACACACAAAGAGACCUUGAGGUAGAGAUCGAAUUCAACCCGUAUAUCCUCAAGACUAAAACUUAUGACUGCCUUAGAAAUACACCUGUAAAGUUCAACCAAAAAUUUUAUGUGCCUAUUCACAACCGGUUCAACAUCCUCAAAAUAAAAUUGAUUAGGUUAUCCAAAGAAGGAAUCUUUUCAGCCAACAAGAAGCCUGCACAAGUUACAUCUUACGAGUAUGCAAUCCCGUUUUUAAGAGACGAUGGAGGUGAGAAGGUGCUCAAGAUCCCAAUUCAUACCUCAGAACUUCUCAAAAAGAGUGUGCUCAACAAGAAGGAUAUCCAAGACGCUGAGAAAACUUACUAUUUACAGAUCUCUCUCAAGGAUUUCUCAGACAUCAGGACUAGAAUUUAUACCUACCCCAAUAGGAACAUCCUUGAAGAGAACCAAAAGAAGCAGUAUUACAGAAUUAAGGAUAUUAAACAAGUGGCCUUCAGGUUGAGGUUGCUAAUAAUGUUUAUAAACAGACUGAAAAUGAUAAACCACUACGUUUUCUACUUCCAGUACCCCAACUUGUCAUACUUCAUAUGUGGAUUCCUGAUUUUGUUCACAUUUUUCUUCGAAAUCAGCAAUGCACCCUUCUAUGCGCUGUUCGGAGCGAUCAUGUUUCUGCUCCUGACGAGGUAUUAUCAAGGCCUAUCACUGAUCUUUAACGCUGUAUUUUUCGAAAAUAUCCACCCGCUGAUUGAGAAAUCAAACCAGCAAGAUAUUGAAACCCUCAACAGAAUUCGGAAAGAGAAUCAAAGCUUGGAAUCUACAGUUAAAAAUAGGAAAAGUAUCAAAUCUUUCUGAGAGGAAUCUCAUUUUGCCAAAUUUGAAAUUUUGACUAAGGUAAAAUAUCAGGAGAAAAAGAAUCUUGUGGAGCUUGAAACAGAGGAACUUAUGUAUAAAGACGGACUCGAUGAGCCUGAAGAAGAGGAGGAAGAAGGCGAAGACCCACAUCAUAAGGAUCUCAAUAUGAAAGAGAAACUAGCAAAUUACUUCCUCGCGAAGAAUAAAAGAAACGGCAUCUCUCAAGGCUGGGAAGUUCUAUCUAAUAUUCUAUUCCUAAUUGACCAAAUCCUGACAGUUUUUGAGAAGUUCAAGAAUCUGAUAUUUUGGAAAAGCCCAACAGCCACGAUGUAUAUUCUUUUCCUCCUCAUGUUGGCUUAUCUCGGACUUGCCUUCUUGCCAAUUAGAUAUCUUCUGAUCGGAUUCUACAUCUUCAAGUUCAAGAAAGGAUUCACAUACUACGAGAGAAUCUACAAGCAUAACAUCGAAUGCGGCAAGCUGGAGAUCUGCAGAUUCUUAGGUGAUAAAAACUUUGAUUUCUGUAACGAGUGGCCAAAGAUAAAGAACUUAGAAAAGAAGCUUAACGUUCACUUACAGAAGAACCUGCUCAUUUUCCUGCCGAAUGACUGGCUAAAAUACUAUUCAAGGCCGAUCCAUCUCCUGGAGAAAAUUGGAAACAUAAAAACGCCUCUCAUGCUGUCAGAUACAGAUGAAAAUGAAGCGAUCAAGAGGACCAACCCGUUGAUUUACAAGAAGAAAAAGAAUGCUAUUGAGAAGUUAUACGACUACCUGAUGAACAACUGCCCUUCAGACUUCUACCUCCUGAAGCACUCAGAAAAUCUACUGAGUAAGAAUUAUAUUUAGAGUGACUCUCAACAAAAA